CUUGCCGUAUGAGCCAUUGUGAGCAGCAGGGCGGAUCGUUGUGUUCGACUUUUACAUACGAACAGAAGCAGUAUAAUCAUGUAGAUGAGUUUUGUCAGCGGAUUCCUCAUCACCUUGGUCGACGCGGUGACGUGUGUUUAACUCGCUGUGUUGCAUCAAAAAAGCACUUGUUUUUGCGCAAAAAUGGGGAAUGCGCAGAGUUACGGCGUCGCCUCGCUCACGGUGUGUUCGGUGUACUUCGUUUAUGUCUACAUUUACCGUUCUCACAAGUUGCUGCAAGUAAGUGUACUCCAUUGCGACAAACUCCCCAGUUUCGCGUAUCUCUACAUUAAAUAUUUGACCAGAGUUCUGACCCGGAGAACAGGCUGUCUGCACAAAACACCAACACCACAGAAGAAGAGUGAAGUUGCGUUCACGGUCCGCGAGUGCAGGCUGGAGACUGUCAUGCUGAGGAGGUUCUGCAGUAGAGGAGGCUAUGGUUGGGAUUACCCCGAAACUGAAUACAGAGACCUCCCUCUGUGCUUCCCAGAGUUCCUGUGUGGCAGACUGCUGCUGAUGCUGCUCACUGAUGACAACUUCCGGCUCAGCCCGGCAGGUCUGGUUCCUGUGUGCCAGAGUUUGAAAACCCAUCAGCCAAUUGAUGAGCUGAAGAAAGGUCCAUUCAUGCUGCAGGUGCAAGUCCUGUUGUACCGGCAAAUUGAUGCAGGGGUGGAGGUGGACAUCUGUCUGUCUGCCAACUCUUGUUCAGGAAGCCCAGUGUGGGAGAGCGUCCUGAAACUGCUGUCCAAAAACAAGCUCCACAAAGCCAACAGUCGCUUAAAAAAGACUGAAAAUGACAGUGAGCAGUUUUCUGAGAUCAGGCUAACCCAAACACCACAACAUACAUGGGUGCCGCCUCAGACUCUUGUCCUUGUUCUGACAGGCCAAUCACAUGAGCCUGUGCCAGACAACAUGAAGCAGGUAGAGCUCAGAGUUCCCUGGAGUACCGACCUGUUGUGUUCAUGGUCCUGCUCUGACUACUCCCUCUAUCAGCUCCUCUCUCUACCUGCCAGGCUGUUUGGCUGCAGAUCACAGACCGUACCAAGUCUCUGGAUGUUGUCCGUCUGCUUGGCUGAAAUCGAAAAACACAAAGGUGUUGAAGUCAUCACAGCUCCUAUCAACGUCACAGCCCAGUUUAAGGAGCCUCUCUCGGUACCAGGCAAAGUGACAAUCAGGUUUUGGGAGACAAACAGGGAUCAGUCCUCUGCCCAAAGCCUCAGCUUCCACAUGCAGCAGCAUGGAAGCAACAUAUCUCACAUGGUGGGGAUGAUUUCUAGGUCUUGAUUAACAAGGAGUGUUGAUAUUUGUAUUGUAAACACAAAAUGUUAAUAUUGAACCUUUUCCAAUUACUUCCGGACAAUCAAUCAAGUUUAUCACUCAAGAGUUUCCUCUUUUUCAAAAUAUAUUUUCCUCAUUAUUAUUGAUAUAUGGAUCUGCCUCUGAGCCGUCUCUCUGUUUUCAGCUUCAUUCAAUGCUACCACUGCCAUACCUGUGAUAAUGUGUGAGUAAUAUCCAUAUCCCACAAACAAGGCUGAUUUUUAAAAGAAAUAUAGUAAUUGUGCCUUGUUCAGACAUGUUUCAGGACCUGAAUUAAAAACGAUCUGAAUCUUAAAUGUAAAUUCUGGAUAUUUAAAUUAUCUUAUUAAUUCCGGCAGUUUUCUUACUUGCGACAUGACAGCAAAAUAUCAUAGGCCUAUGAUGCUUAUGCUACAUAAUCAUGCACGCAGUCAACUACCAACACUUAAAAUGUACAUUUUUCUACCUUAUAACUUCAAUUGCAAGAUUUACUUAGAUACAAGUUAACAGUACAUCACACUAUAAUUUUAUAAAGGGGUAGUGUAACAGGAAGAGAGCAAAGUUUGGAUGUGCUGUACUCUCAGGCCAUAUUGAUGCAGACAGUUAUCGAAAAUUGUGGCACAGUGUACAACACCCACAGCCUUCACCCAAAUGUUGGACAUUUUUUUAUGUGGAGUGACACAUGCACCAGUAUCUACUGUGAAUGACAUAUUUUCAUCACAAUGUUUAAGGCCAUAUGUCUCUUUGGUUACACAUACACCCAAAACACAUUUUUCCAUGACAGACAUUGUGACAUGAUAGCAAGAAAAUGACAUUUGGGAAAUACCCUUUUCCUGUUUCUUGGUGAGAGUUUGAUGAGAAGUUUAAUGUCACGUUUGUGUCUUAGUAUUGUUGUAGUCAGGAGGAAGCGGCUAGGCCAGCUCAAUGAAAUAAAAAUGCCUAUGAAAACCUGCACAUGUUCCAAGCUCAGCAAUAAUGAAAAAAUACAACUUGUCCUGUUUACAUUGGUUUUUACAUUUACAAUAAAUAGAUGAGAUAUACGAGGAAAAUUAGAGCUUUACAUGUCUCGUUAGGUGUAAAUUUUAACUUUGGACAGACCAACUGCUUUGAGUGUUUAUGCUUAGCCAAGGUAAUCGCAAUCAUAUUCAGGAGAGUUCAUUACAACGCACUAAUUUUACAGACAUUGUUGACUUGUCACACAAUCUUUUUUUUUACCUGAAAUGAAUAUAAUUUCUGAGAAAUAUUUUCAAUUUAAAGAUUCCUGAUUAGUUUUAACAGCAGGAGUCAUUGUGCUGCAGGUCUUUCCGGAACCUACUGUACCUGAGCACUUUGUCAGAUACCCAUUGACUCUAGGCUAAUGUAGACACCGUCCCUACAGGCCAUGAAGACUUUUCAAUAUUUGAUCCCCCUUCAUAUUCCCUUUUGCAGCUUUCAUGUAUGUGAAGGUCUGUCCUCCUGUAUUAUUUACUGGAACACAUUCAGUGCAUGGGGCUGAGAGAUGUGUCUUUUCAUGCAUGCCUGCACCAUGGCAACAUUUAGAAAAAAGGAAUCGGAGAUGGAGUUUUUUGCAUGAUUGUGUACAAGAGGAGAAGAAUUGUCUGAAGUUUCAUUUUGGUUUUCUGGGGUGAUUUGAAGAUAAAACACAUUUUAUUUCACUUUCACACUAAUCAGAGAAAUCUUGUUUUAUUCAAAAUUACCUCCACAAGUUUGUUACCUUUACUUUAAAUUAAAAGAAAAUGUCCUUAAA